AUGGAAAUAACUAUAGACAUAUACAACAACAGUAGCAGCAAUAACAACACUUCAGUUUUCUCAGUUCCUUUAAGAGAAGAACUUAUGAAAGCACUUGAACCUUUUAUGAAAGGUGCAUCAUGUUUUUUUCCUUCUUCUGCAGCUUCGUCUUCUUCACCUUUAACUUCUUUUUCUUCUUCUUUCUAUCCUUAUGGUGAGCCCAAUUUAUAUAUUGGUUUUUGCAUAAUCCCAUCAAUGACUACCCAAAUGUUUUCUCAAGGGUAUUUGUGUUUUAACCAUAUAGGUGUAGCUGAAAUAGGUUCAAUUGGGCUUAACCAUCUUACCCCUUCUCAUAUCUUGCAAAUUCAAACUCAGAUCCAAAUAAACUAACAAAAACUACUACUACAACACCAACAGAGCUUAGGUUUAUUAACACCCACAUUGAUUUAUCCUAAGAAUUUUAUUUUUUAAAACAAUGUUGGUCUGAAACUAGUCCCGAUGAAGCAAAGUGAUGGUGCUUUAUAGAAGGCCACUAAGCUUUAUUGUGUACUGACACAACGCCAUUGGGGCAAAUGGGUUGCUGAAAUUAGACUACCCAAAAGUAAAACUAGGAUUUUUCUUGGCACUUUUGAUACAGCUGGAGAAGCUGUUUUGGCUUAUGACAAAGCUGCUUAUAAGCUUAGAGAAGAGUUUUCUAGGAUUAAUUUUCCACAUCUAAGGCAUCAAUUGAACAAUGAAUUAUCUAACGUUAAGCUUUUGCAUUUCUCUGUUGAUGUUAAACUUCAAUCCAUUUGCCAAAGCCUGGACAAUUCCAAUUCAAGUGACUUGUGUUCAAAAUCUAAUACAAAGCCAAGAAAGUCCGAACCCAAAUUAGCCUCAUUGAAUUGUACAUCCAUGUCAAAAAUCACAGUAGAUGAUUCAUUGAACAAAGAACUCAGUUAUCAAGAAAAUGCUAAUAUUAAGAUCGAGGCAUCAUCAUCAAUAUCCACUGCACCAUCUAACGAAUAA